GUAUUAGCAGUGAUUGGGGCAAGGUGAUGAUCCAAUUCCAUGGAGGAGUGGGAAACAAGGAGGAACGUUGCAGCAGAAGAAGGCGAUCAAACAAGCAGGAACAGUGGCCAAACUGGGCCCGGGCCGGUUAAGGAACAUAGAAUUGAUAUGGAUGGACUCAGGCCUGGGCUGGAAAAUUGGCUAUUGUCUGUGGAAGAUGCAGAAGAAAGGACCCAUCAGUCUCAGACUCAACGGGGAAAGAUAGCAAAGGUUCCUCAGAUGCCGAGACGCAUCCAGGAUUUCGAGAAAUUCUAUGAAGCGAUGGUCAUUUCGUUCGAUCCUUAACAUCAUGGCAAACCCCAUCUUCACGAAGGGGAAAUGCGCAAGCUUCUAUGUGCCAGAAGGUUCCUGGAUGAGAGUCACCAGUUCAUCACCUUUUUUUACAGCAAAAUUGAAAGCAAUAUCGAGUUGGUGAGGAUGUGCUAUGAUGAGGAUCAGACAAACAAGUAUGAUAUGAGGAACUCGCCAGGAUGAUGCUUCUGGAUGGGUGUUUUUUACUACAUCUCAUCCACUGUGUGAGCAGAAAUGGGAGGAAGUAGCGUGGUUUGAAUGUUAAAAUUCAUUUGAUUAGUUUUGUGCACCAGGACUUGUUCUUGCUUGAGAACCAACUUCCCUUUGGAGUCCUCAAGUUGUUCGAGGGAGCAAAAUUCCAGGCUGAUUGGGAAUCAAAAAUGGAAGAGAUGAUAAAAAGUUUCAUCACUUCUAACACCGUUAUGCCACAAGCAAUGACGUUAGAAAUAGAACUGGCGGAGGAGCCGCCCUCUCGUCUACUCGACCUUUUGUGAAGUGGGCUUCUCGGCUCUGAGCCUGCAACUUAUCAAAAAAGACAGUCUCGAGGAAGAUGGGGGAUCGGUCGGAGGAAAAAAGGAAAACAACUAGGCAACUGGAUAUUGUAUCGGAACAUGACGGAGCUUGCAGCUGCCGGGAUCCAUCUUAAACACAGUAGGACGGGUUUCAUGAAAGACAUUUCUUUCGAGUCCUACUUCUUUGGAUACCUGAAACUUGCCCCAAUAAUCAUUGACACCUCCACGAAGCCCAAGUUGUUGAACUUGAUAGCUUAUGAAAUGUGUCCAAAUGCCCCAGAUGAUUUGAGUCACUUCUUAUAUAUAUGCUUCCUUGACUCCCUCGUUAAGCAUGGUGUGCAUGUGAUGCUGCUGCAAUCAAAUUACACUCUCUACAACUUUCUCGGCAGUGACGAAAAGGUGGCAGACCUCUUCAACGACAUUGCCAAGGAUCUGGUGCCAAACCCUCGUGUUUAUGCUGAUGUCAACACCGGAGUUCAGAAGCAUUACAAUAACAGGUAUCCAAAGAAGAAGUAGGACUCGAAAGAUAUGUCGCUCAAGUAAGUCGUCCUACUCGGUUUAAGAUAGAUCCCGGCAGCUGCAAG